ACGCAACUUAACAUUAUACUCACAUGCAAUUCGUUCGUCUCGACAUCAAGGACUCACAGCGACAACCUCUGUAGCGCCGAGGGUUCAAGCGUGAGUGACCGAACACUGUAGGUUAGUGCUACUAUAAGUCGAUUGGAAUCAGCUUUGACCCAUAGAGACAGGCGACAUAGGCUCCAUGUAAUACGACGCUAUGAAACUGGUUGAAGACCUGAUUCCAAUUAUAUUGGACUCUGCCGAUCACCCCGCUCAACAUGACCUGUCACGAUUUGCGCUGGUAUCCUCUCAAUGGUUGUGGCCGGCGAGGAAGCGACUAUACGCGUCACCAACCAUCCACACGUUCGAGGCUUGCAACCGUCUCGCAAGAACUUUGCAGCAAAAUGUCGAACUGCAGUCACUCAUACGAGGCAUUAAAUUUGACCCGACCACCCCGACCACGGCCUCCGCGGUUGUGGUUAAUUAUUUCGACUGGGUGAAUAUCGUUUAUGUACUUCGGCUGAACAGACUUCGCUCUCUGGAACUGGCGGGAAACUUGGCGUUGUUUGCCACCAAGCUCACCCAGCGGGUCGAUCGUUUUCGUCAGCUCACUUCACUUCAUUUGGACGGGAGUGCCUUUCAAUCAUCUGCUUCGUUCGACUGGGACCGCACCACCGCUUCCCAACUGUCUGGUCUUACCCAUUUGUCCCUGAAGAAACUCCGACUCAUCAUUGCGCAUCCGUCGGUAGAAGUGCCACUGCAGCUCACCCAUUUAUCCUUCGACGACGUCAUGAUAUUCCCAGGUGACCUGCACCACCUUUGUCACGGGCAUUGGCAUACCCUUCGUCAUUUACGAAUAGCGGGACAUACGGAUCUGGAUACCAAUGAAGAACUUCGCAGUACCCUCGAGCUCUGCACGAACCUAGUUUCAUUCGAAUAUGAGGCUCGAGGCGUUUGGGAGCACGGUGCAAUAUACGAUGACAGGCUACCUGUCAUUCCAUCCCUUCGGAGACUCGCUUUGCUAAACGUGCUCUUCGGUCAGGAAUCGCUUCAAUGCAUCGACCGAUCAUUCCACAACUUGGAGGAGCUGACUGUUGCUGGGGCACGGUCUUAUCGUAUCAGCCCAGAUGAUUGGGUUGAUGCGUUGAAGGAACACAGUUUUCGGUCCUUGCAUACCCUCAACACUCCGAGGCCAGUAGAGGGUGCACCAUUGCAAGAAAUCUGCUUCAACCGUAAUAUCACGCUAUUGCGAUAUGUUUAGUUGUCUAUGCAAGGCUGCGAACUGUAGCCCAGACGCGAUAACCUGAAGCCAGUCAGUAACAUUGUUGUUGCUCGUGCAUAAAUUGCAUUGAAGAACCACCGGCCCCGUGACCGCAAUGUGGGGACAUAGUGAUUAUAAUCAGAACAUGCAUUUGGCUGAUUGACUGAAUAGGACCACCCGAAUACCGUUAGAAUGACGUUGCGCGAUGACGAGCUUGAGCUAGCCUAGCUUGUUGUGUUCGAAACUCCGAAAAUGAAUCCUCAUGAAGAGGGUGAACGAAGUGAGUAAUGAUAGAUAUUUGCGAUUCACAUAUACGUCAGUUUCUUGGUCCAUUGCUACCUUCGCUGCGAGGCUAUGAAUUUGCCAGAAUCCAUGUUCGAAUAAGUAUACAUUAUUGUGAUGCUUCUUGUCAUCCCGAAGUUUGAAUUCAACGUGAAAAUAAAUUCGAAAUGUUCUG